AUGGAGUCGCCGAUGUCAGUGGCCCUUGGAGAUUGGGUCAUCUCUCGUAUGUGUCUUCUUCAUCUUUGUCUUGUCUCCUUCGUCCUCGAUAUGCGUCUGGGUUGCUCUCACCUCAGAUCUGCUCGGCGUGUGGGUUCUCUUGGAUUGGAUUGGGUCCUGGCUGCAGGUUCCUCUCUCGUCUACGUUUGA